GUCUGUCACCCCAGAAAAGAGGCCGAAGAAACCCUAACGACGCGGUGGCGGCGGCGGCGAAAGGAAAAAAUUGCGGAGGGGAUCAACGACCUGAGCUACGAUCGAGAUGUUGCAGGAAGCAAGGGCGCGUCUGUAUAGGCGGAGGAGGCGGGCCUCGCAACACGCCCAUCGAUUGAACCAAGAAGAGAUGCUCCGGUCGGGAUCAGAUCACGAUCUGGAACUGAAGUCGAUCUCCUGUGAACCUACCACAGAGCAGGAGCUGGAGCAGGAUGAGGAGGAGGAGGAGGACGACGACGACGACGACGAAGACGAAGAAGAAGAGGAAGAGGAUGAACAGGACGAGGACGAAGAGGAGGAGCUAGCUCCAGAAUCCUCCAUGGAAGAGGAGAAAAACGACUUCGCUCACCACCGUAAGGACUGGGAAUUCACAUUUAAGCACGGGAAUCGUACCUUCGAUCUUAUCACGUCACUGAGUCCAAUGGUCUACACACACUGCACGCCGAGCUGCCUCCCAGAAGAUGCCGAUCUCGUCCCAAGCCUACAGAUGUUCUCCAUCAAAAUCGCCAAGAUAAAGCACCUCCAGUGGCCGCUUCAUGUCUACGGCACUGUCGCUGCCCGGGACUACGUGGAUCACAAGCGGAACAUCAUCUUCUUCCGUCCGAGGAGUGAGAGCCAAACCAUCACCAAAAAUGAUCCUUAUUUGCACCUGACCGGACCGCACCGCGGGCUCCUGUCCGUCGAGCCUGUACACAUUGAAAUCCGACUCAUGCUAAAGGAGGGACAGUCUUGGCCUGAAGAUAGGGAAUUAGUCACUCAAGCCUUCCGCUAUAACAACCCUUCCAACUGUGAUUACUUCUUUUCGCACCUUACCAACUAUUUGUGCAAAAUAGAGAUGUGCUUCGAACAACUCGUCCGGUCACGCCAGGCCACCGUUUUGGCUGUUCGUGUUAUGCAAGGGUCGCCUUUCAAAUAUGGCGGGCAAGUUCUGUGUUGUGCCUCGCCCUAUGAUGAUGAUACAUCCAAGAUGAUUGUGUUGUUUGAUUCAAAGUAUGGAAAUACGAGCCUAUAUAACAAUGGAACAAUGAGUAUGGAUCCAGAUGGUUACCUUGAUCUUUCGAGGCGUGUCGUUUCUGUACAAGGAAGGCUCAAGAUCUUCAUACAUACUUAUUCUCGCUCCGGUGCUGUACUUGCUACUGGCCGUGUCUCCUUCAGAGCCAAGGAUUGUCAGACAAGUCAGGCCAGAUGUGUUCUUCACAACCGCCACAAAGGUAAAGACUCUGCAGUUAAGAUCACGGUUGCUUGGUCCCGUUUUGCUAGAAAAAUAUCCAAUAUCGAGAUGGACUGCUUCACAAACUUGUGAAUGUUCUGAACCUUCGGGAGGCAUCUACGCCGGUCAAGGAGUAUAUAUACUAGCUGUUAUCAUUGCCAUGUGAACCGCUGUUAUUAUUAUAUAUGGUCGUGUUCCUUCGUUUGUGAACCGCUAUUAUGUAUGUUUAAUUUGUGAUAUGUAUACUGUUUUC